CACCGUUCCUCUGCAUCUUGUAAAUGGUUGCCAGUUGUUGGCCAGUUGCAACUGAACCUACAAGCUGCUGUUAUCUUGUCCUGUUCGCAUUGCAGAGCUCCAAGCCCAGCAUGGAUACCCAGCCACCCGUCUAUGUCUUCGAUGCGGCAAAGCCAUACGCCUCCCUGAAUCAGAGUUCUCUCAGUAGCUCUGUUGCUCGCAAUUUCUGGAGAUCGGCCCGCUGGUGCAUCGACGGGAGUGCUAUCUUGUCAACUACAGAGGACCGCGCGCUUCGAGUUCAUCAAUUGUCAGAAACGACUCCCGGGCAACUCACGACAGCAUCCUUUCCCCAACCAGAUAGCAUAGUGUCAUCUCUUUGGUUCCCAACAGCCACUCUGGCAUCACCAGAGACUUUCUGUUUUGCUGCGGCAAUUCGUGACAGCCCUUUGAAGCUCAUUGACGGUAUAACAGGAGUACACAGAGCUUCAUACCCUAUUAUGGACCAUCGUGAGCGAUUUGUUGCCCCCCAUUCUUUGGCAUUCAACACAUCGACCACCAAGAUAUACUGUGGGUUUCAAUCCGCAAUUGAAAUAUUCGAUGUUGCCAAUCCAGGCCACGGAACCAGCGCUAGGCUCAAGACCUCUGCCAGCAAAGCGUCCAAAGACGGUCAAAGAGGUAUCAUAUCUGCCCUCUCUUUCAACCCCGAUGGUAGCGGCCUCUUUGCCGCUGGUUCCUAUGAUGGCUCCGUUGCCCUCUAUCAAGAGGAUGGCCGUGAAGCGGUGGGGUGGCUGGACGGCGUGGAGGGAGGGGGUGUGACUCAAUUGGGCUGGCAUCCUCUGAAUUCGGCUGUUGCGUUUGUGUCUUCACGGCGGUCAAGGGCUUUGCAAGUAUUUGACCUGAGAUAUCCGACGAAACCUCUCAUCCGGCUCGAUAGGGACGGGCAGACUAACCAGAGAAUCUGGUUUGACGUCGACCCUUGGGGGCGAUGGGUUGCUUCUGGGGACCAGAAUGGAUAUGUACGAGUUUGGGACAUCGUUGACCCUGUGUGUCCGGUUGUAUGGGAACAGAAACUAUACAAUAGGUCUCGCCAAUAUCUCGGCCGUGUCUUCGACUCGGACAGCGACAUCUCUUCAUCAGAUUCGGAAUCGGGCACCGACGACGCGCCUACAGUGGCCAAGGGGGCGGAAAUGGAUCCAUCACUCUCCAUACAUUCUUUCAUCCCAUCCCCAUGA